ACGCGAGAUCGGAAUGAGUUGACCAAAUGCCACGUCUGUGAAAGCGCCCUAGCUUCUUUGCCACAGAUCGGCGUUAGUAAUAUAAAUACCACGCGUUAUAGACGGCACAGCUUUAAAAAACAUUUGCCGCCACACAUCUGUACUUUACUGGUGAGAAAAUGGGUCACCAUCAACACAGAAGUCUGCUAGCAUUGACCGUUUUGACAUCCGCGAUUGUGCUGCUAGUCACCCAGCUAACCACUGCUCACUCCCACGGGGACCACGCCCACUCCCACGGCAGCGGCGGUUGCCAUGGUCACUCUCAUGGCGGUCAGCCCAAGUUGCACCAAGGGGCAAGCAAGUGGACCGCAGAGGCCAACCUCCCAUCACCAGAGGAGGCCCACGGGCACGCUCACGACCACGGGCACGCUCACGACCACGGGCACGCUCACGACCACGGGCACGCUCACGACCACGGGCACGCCCACGACCACGGGCACGCUCGUGGGGGAGAGAGGGUGAAGAGAGUGGCCGAGGGAGAGAAGAGAGACAUGGUGGAGCUGUGGAUGCAGGCCAUCGGAGCCACUCUGCUGAUCAGCGCUGCUCCGUUCCUCAUCCUCUUCCUGAUCCCGGUCCAGUCCAACACAGACCAGCACCAGAACCUGCUCAAGGUCCUGCUCAGCUUCGCCUCUGGAGGCCUGCUCGGAGAUGCCUUCCUGCACCUCAUUCCCCAUGCUCUGGAGCCCCACUCUCACCAUGGCGACGAGGGACACGGCCAUUCUCACGAGAGUGAGGAGUCACAUGACCACGGACACUCCCACGGUGCUGCCCAUGGUCACAUGAUGUCUGUGGGCCUCUGGGUACUAGGGGGCAUCGUUGCCUUCCUGGUGGUCGAGAAGUUUGUUCGUCUCCUGAAGGGUGGCGACGGACAUGGCCACUCCCACUCCCAUGCUGCUCCUAAGGCGAAGGAGAGCAAUGGAGAGGAGGAGAAGGAGGAGAAGAAGGAGAAGGAAGAGAAGGAGGAAGGAAAAGAAAGCAAAAAAGAGAAGCCUGCUGAUCAAGAAGAGGAGAAAAUCACUGACAUCAAGGUGUCGGGCUACCUGAACCUGGCAGCUGACUUCACCCACAACUUCACGGAUGGCCUGGCCAUAGGGGCGUCCUUCCUGGUGGGGCCUGCUGUGGGCGCCGUGACCACAGUCACCAUCCUGCUGCAUGAGGUCCCACAUGAGAUCGGAGACUUUGCCAUCCUCAUCCAGUCUGGCUGCACCAAGAAAAAGGCAAUGUGUCUGCAGCUGCUGACAGCCCUGGGGGCGCUGGCCGGCACAGCUUGCUCCCUAUUGGCCGAAGGGGUGGGUGCGGCCGCCACCGCCUGGAUCCUGCCGUUCACAGCUGGCGGUUUUGUUUACAUCGCCACAGUAACCGUCCUGCCGGAGCUCCUGGUUGGCCGCUCCAGUUUCGGCCAAUCUGUGAAGGAGAUUGUGGCCUUACUGUUUGGGAUAGGCAUGAUGGUUCUGAUUGCUGAGUAUGAGUGAGAGAACGGAGAGAGAGAGAGAGAGAGAGAGAUAGAUAGAUAGAGAGAGAGAGAAAUGGAUAGAGAGAGGAGGAGAAGAGAUGGACAUUAUGAGGAUUGUUACCAGAAUGCUGGAUUAAAAAAUUGAAGGUGGUUUUGUAAGACACACAGAGAGAGAGAGAUAUGAUGAAUAUCAACUGAUAGUGAGCAACUGGGACUGUUCACCUGAAUGUUCCAAAGAGGAUGUGAGCAGUGAUAAGCCGAAUCAUUCCAUGAGUGACUAACCGGAGGGGAAGAGGGAGAAGAUGUGAACUGUGAUUGGUGCCCGUCCGCAGGACUGUUGCCAGUGUCCGAAAAACAAAUAAUCAAACCAAGACUGAGGAGAGAAAGGCACGGGACUGGAGGCUCUCAGUCUAUCCACCAUUUUCGCAUUUGUUUUGAGUUCAACAAUCUAAAACGUUUUUGAUCCAGUAAAUGUACCUUAAUUCUAUUCUGUCUGUGAGUUGAGGAACUAUGAUACCCCAACACUGAUGUUACGUAUGAUUCUUUGUCUCUUUAUUUUAUUUUACUGUCAAAAUUAGCUGACGAGUAAAGGUGUGUGUCUAUGUAGGCUUGGGGAAUUAUUUCAAUCGAAUGUGAAAGUAUGGCAUUCAUUUUACAGUGCGUAAAUGUAAAUGAUCAAUAUGUAGUCAUGAAAAAGAUGCUGUUCUUAAGUAGUCAUGAAAAAGCGAGGAAAUGUACUACAAAAUGAAGCCACUAGCUGGAGCUAAAUAGUUUAUUUUUACCCAGUAGCUCUUGUACUCUUGGCAAAUCGUGACCCGGGUAACUAAAGAGAGAAGAAUGUCACCUGUUUCAUCUGGACUUUUCUUUGUUUUAAAAGGUAAUCUGUAACGCUUUCCCUGGGUGUGUCUCCUUCAGUUUAAUAUUUCCAUGUAAAUGUCAGUAACAUAGAAGUCAUCCGUAUAUUAGAUGUUUUAUGGGUAAUAAUGAUUUCCUACUUCCCCCAUACCUUUCUGCUUCUGGGGAACUGUGGUGUCUUGAGCUACGGCAACACAGACCAACUGGAUGUUGAAGCUUCUUACAUGUGCUACAAGUGCAAUUGCUAAGGAAAUUAUUGAGCACACUUUUAGGUUAUGAUAUCACACUUUGCAUGAAAAUGAUUUCCUCAUUCCAAUAAUGACUCUCUUCCUGUACUUCCUGUACCUCUACUUAAAGAUGUUUCCAAGACGAAUCCUCUCUCCAUCCCUUUACUGACAAUCAGUGCUGUAAACAAGGGGCGGACACGACCAAUCCACGGACAAAUAAGAUAUGUCCCUCCAGCAUAUCACUGUAAACGCGUUGAGGUUUGUGUUUUUCUUCAGCGCUAAACCCCUAUUUGUUAAAAGGGUGUGUGUUCUCAUGCUAUAAGGAAAUAUUUCCUACGAUUGUGAAUGCAUUCGGCCAGCUAGGUUAAUGUUUAAUGUGAACAAACGAUAUCUGUAAUCUGCUAUAAAUCAUUUUGGCAUGCGAGAUU